UUUUUCGGCAUAAAUAUCUCGGCCAAACCAAGCAAACGUACCAUCGCUUUCGAUCUUAAUAGCCGAUCUCCAUUGACCCUGUCUAGUUUCAAUUUUAAAAAUCGAAUCUCAAUUCUCCAUUAAUCAUAUGCAUGUGCAUAGAGAACAAGUGCUUGAAAUAUGAUCAAUCAAUUCCCCAUCUGAGCUGGUUUUUCUGGGGCGAUCGAUCAGGAAGAAGCUCGGAUCAUCUCCCAUGUCUCGAAUUGCGGAAAUUCUUCUCUUCUCAAUCCUCUUGCUACACUUGCCAUCAGUGUCAAGGGGAGAACAAAACUUUUCUACCCGAUGUGAAAGAUAAGCACUCGUUGUAUACUUUUAAAGGCGAAGAAUCUUGGCAGCCUCUAACAGAGCUUCCGGAUAAGAAAUGUAAGAGGUGUGGGUUAUAUGAGAAAGACAAAUUAUCUGAUGAUACUUUCGAUGAGUGGGAGCUUUGCCCAGAUGAAUUCAAGGGUCCAGAAGGCAGAUACAGUCACUUUAAGGAUAAAGAGUUCAAUGCUACAUUUUUGUGUCCUGAGUGCAGACCACUUGAAUCUGGUUCUAGUGGAAGUUCUACUCCAAGUAGACGAGAAACAGACAAGAGUAACCAUCAGUUAUUUGUAGCAAUCUUUGUUAGUAUUGUGGUUCUGGGUGUAUCUGUUGUUGGAGCUAUGGCUCUAUACAGGUAUUGGCGUAGGAAGAAAAGGGAAGAAGAACAAGCGCGAUUUCUCAAGUUAUUUGAAGAGGACGAUGAUAUAGAGGAGUUGAGUCUUGGAAAUGUGAUUUGAUGAAUUGGUCUCUGAAAUUUUGGUUUGUUCUCUGUAUAGAUCUGUGUAAAAUCUUCUUUCUGUAAUAUAAUGUCACAAAUGAUUUUGAAUACCACAUCAUGAGGUCGUAAUUUUA